AUGUCAUUUCGCUUGUUCAGUUCACGGAAAAAGAAGCUGAGGACUACGGAGACCUCCUUUGAGGCUUCUUCUCCUGCCCGGGAUACCCCGCAUCAUAACAACAGCACCUAUCUUGUUGAAUCGUUAACCAGCAAUAAGCAAAAUGUACAGCAAUUACAACAGGUUUUGAAUGAAAAAGUGGGCUUGAAUCUAGGAAACCCAAAGGCAAUAUAUAACCUCUACUGUUUGGAUUUGUUCAAUAAUAGCAACAAUAACAAUGAUGAUGAUAAUGAUAAGCUGUCGAAGAAAAAAUCGGGCACAAGCUUAAGCAGAAGCAAUUCCUUAAGGAGAUUUCUAUCUAAUGAUUACCAACUAACAAAAUCCAUAUCUGCAUCGAGUAAUAAGUCAAAUAAUACCAUCAGCUCUCAGAAGCUGAUAAGUCAUCAUCUCAAUCCACUUCGUCUAUUAAGAACACGAUCAGUAUCCGAGAAACAGAAACCCAAUUUUGAAAGUGUUGAGCCUAAAACUCUUGCCAUUGAUAAUCCAAUUAGUUCUGAAACUUCAGCACAAGUGGAGGUUGAGUCUCAAACAAGUGAUGAGAGAUAUCAAAAUCAACAUAACAAACAUAAUGAACGGCUAUAUCAAACUACUUCAUCGCAAGAUUCGGUGGUGACAGAACAAAUCAGGAUCUCUGUGGUAAACGCUAAUGAUAAGAUUUUUUUCCCAACAGCAAUACCAUCAGAGAGAUUAUCUAGAGGUAGCCGGGUUAACAGAAGUCUUAAUAACAAUGUUGCCGCGUCAUUAGAUGAAGAGGCUCGGAAUUACGAAAAUCGCUCCAGGAGAAGUUUAUCCCGUGAUGCAGAAACUGGCACAACCGGUGAUAGUGGGGACGAUGAUAGCAAUCAUGGUAGUGAUAAUAGUGAGGAUUAUAGUGACGCCAACUUGCAUACAUUUGCUGUUAUUGUAUCUAUCCCAAGAUCUCUCAAAAAGACAUUACCAGAUGAUGAGCACAGUUUGUAUCUUGAUUUGGAAGAAAACGAUAAUUCAUCAGUUGAUAGCUCGCGAUCAUUUGAUAGUUUGUCUUCCACCAGUAUUGUAUCUAGCGAUUUUUGUGGAAGGAGCACAUCAGUCAGUCAUAUCAACUCUAAUAGUGCGUCGUCACUAGCGAAAUCUGGUUUCUUUACAAAGACAGAUAUCGAUUUAUCACAGAUGAAUGUUGCUCUCAAUUUAGUUUGCAAAAUAUUUUGGAAAGAAUUACCUUAUGAAAUAGGAGAAAAGCCUCCGAAACUUCAAAAUGAAACAUUUUUGGUAGGAGAGUCCAAAUUGCUGUUGAAUUUAUUGAAGGAUUUCAAUUACUUUGUUCCUGCUGAUGAUGGAAUUGACAAGGAAUUGUUCAAAAAAAGUCUUUCUCUCUUAUCUAGUACCAGUGUGGCUGUAUCUGAACAUGUGAAUGAUUCAGAUACCUUGCUGAAUAAGAGGAAGAAGAUUCUUGUUGGAAGUUGUGAAACUCAACCUUUGCAGAGGGUUAAACUCAAAACCCUUGACCAAGUAAAGGAAGGUAGCUAUUUCGAUAGAGAGUCCUUUUUGGGUGAAUAUCGAGAAAGUUCUAAUCCUGAAAAUGAUAAUUCUGAAGGAUUCAAAUAUCCAGCUGGUGAUUAUGUGUUUAUUAUCCCAACGGUUCUUGACUCAUCUUUUCCUGAAACGAUCAGAGCACCUCACGCAUCUUUGAAUUAUAAAUUGAACUUACUAUUAAAGAGAUUCUAUUCUACCAAUAAUUCUGGUUUUCAUGGGUCUCACGACCAGUCCUCUAUUGUUGCUAAACGAUUAUCCAUUGGCAAAUCAUUGAAGAGAAUCACCCUGAAUUUCACUAUUGAUUCCCGUUUCAACAAUAAUGAGUUAUCCAGCAAAGAUGUUGAUAAUGCUAAUGAUUUGGAAAUCCACGAAAUAUCCACCUCAAGCGCUACCGAAAAUAUGCAGAACCAAGAAUCUAUGGACAGGGUCACGGUAAUUAAGUCACAUAGUGGCAGCACCAUAUCGAGAGAUCAGGGCAAGCACUCCGCCAUCAAGCGAGAAUUGAUCAACAAAUCAUUUAGAAUCCCGGUGAUCAGAACCCCACCUCCUCUAUCAUCUGCAUUGAAUAAACCAAUCUAUGUUCGUAGGAUUUGGAAUGACUGCAUGUCAUAUGAAUUGACUUUUCCUACAAAGUUUGUUAGGCUAAACAGCGAAAUACCAAUUAAUAUUGAACUAUUGCCUUUGAAUAAAGAUAUUUCGAUAAAGAAAAUCAGGAUCAAUGUUUUAGAAAGAGUCUCAUAUGUAUCAAAGGAUAUGGCUCAUGAAUAUGAAGAGGGGAGACGUAAUUCCAAGGACCACAAUAUCAAGGAACGGGUGGUGGCAUUGUCCGAAUUAAGAACCACUCAAGAAGGGGGGUAUGCAAUAAGAGAGGAUGUUUUGGUAUUACCAGAAGAUAAACCCUAUAAAAGUAAAGAAUUCUUUGGGAACACCGAUCCAGAAGAUGAGAAGAAAAACAAUCUAUUAUCUCUUUGUUUCAAUGAUUUGAAAAAACUCAAGGAGGAAGCGUCCAAGAAGAAGAAGAAAAACGGCAAAGACGAUGAGAGAAAUGAAGAAGUUUUAAUAGACAGACCAUUAAGGGUUCAAAUCCCAUUAUUUUUCAAAGGCAUUAAAUCCCAAAACCACCAAUACCAUAGUGGUAAUCACUUGACGAGUGAAGAAAUUUCAAAUGUGAGCGCAGAAAUGUUGAGAAAGAAAAAGCCAUCUACUAAGAAUCCCAAGUUACCAGAUGAUUAUAUUUGUCUCGGGGGUACUGAGCAAGACUUGGACAUGGAGUUGGUUAAUUCGAAAACUAAAGUCAAGUAUGGUGAUUCGGGAUUCAUGAAAGUUGCCCGCCACUCUCCAGGUCUGUGUGACAACUCUUUGAUUGAUUAUGAGACUAUACACCUUCUAAUUCCUGAAUUAUAUCCUGAUAGUAAUCAUUUCAAUUAUAUCACAGUCCUGCAUCGUCUUCAAAUUUGCUUCCGUAUUAGCAAAAAAGAACCGUCGCUAGAUCCAAAAAAUCCUUCCCUGACAAAGACACACCGUUAUGAGGUCAUUAUUGAUGCACCUAUUGUAUUGGUUUCUGAGCUUUGUGAUGAUGACAAUACAGUGCUCCCAAGGUACUUGGAAUCGGCCCCGCUAGAUUCUGUGGUGUUGAAUAACUCCUUCGCUAAUGAUUCUGAAAUGGAAGCUUUUCGCAGACUCAAUAAACACUUCGACGAGCCUCAAGAGCAUCUACCAACUUUCGAAGAGGCCACUUCGAAAUUUGUAUCACUGAUUCAACAGGGAAGCAAUAUUGAUAAUUACGUUUUGGAAAAUACUAAACAUUAUGGUAGCCAGGAUAUCCCAUUAGAUGAUAAUCUAAACCAAGAGUUCCAUUCUCGAAUGUUUGUAUCACCACCCUCCCCUUCCCGGUCCCCGCCAAUAAUGAGUGAGAUUCCUUUAUCUAGGCACGGAAAUGUUGAUGGAAUAAGUAGGAAAAGUGUUGGUGGGAUACAUGAAGUUUUGGCACUUGAUGAAGCAAUAACCUCAAAGAGAGCUGGCGAAAGUGCAAGUACCUCAAGAAUUAGAAAUAUUGUGGGACAGAAGUUGGAGUUAAAUUUGCCUAGCUAUGAAGAUACCAUUAGGUAUGAUAAUGUUGCGAAAGAAAACUAG